GGGAAGUUGUUGGGGGCGGGCACUGUGAGAUUGUGCUUAGGUUGAUUCAGGUCCCUCGAUAGGUGCAGUUUGUGGUUUCAGAGGGGAAUGGUGGCUGUAACGGGGAGUUGUGUUGCUGACCUGGUGGUGGUUGCCUUGUUGUUGACGGGAUGUUGCAUCAGGUGCGAGCUUUCUGAGGCCUGGCAGGCGCCAGAUGCUCAUGAGACACAGGCUCUCCUCGAGCACAGGGCCAGCCAGCAGCAAGAUGGUGCACCAUCCCAGGUGGCUGGUCACAGUGACACAUCUGCGGAAAACGGAAAGGAAGCAUCGAAAGGAGAUCAAGACAGGUUGCCGAAUAAUACCACAGAACAAAAUAGUACAUUGCGGGCCACCUCAAUUACCAUUACAACCAUUACUACUCCACUACUAGUUCCAUCAACUCCACCAAAACCUAUAUUGCCCCUGCAGACAGGGGUUGAAGCACAACAAGAAGAACAAUCAAGUGGAAUGACUAUAUUCUUUAGUCUCCUUAUAUUAGCUAUUUGCAUCAUAUUGGUGCGAUUGCUAAUCAAAUAUAAACUGCAUUUUCUGCCAGAAAGUGUGGCAGUUGUGUCAUUAGGGAUCUUAAUGGGAGCUGUGAUUAAAAUUAUCGAAUCACAGCACUGGGCCAAUUGGAAGGAAGAAGAAAUGUUUCGACCAAACAUGUUCUUUCUUUUGUUACUUCCACCUAUUAUAUUUGAGUCUGGAUAUUCAUUACACAAGGGUAACUUCUUCCAAAAUAUUGGAUCCAUUACACUUUUUGCUGUGUUUGGCACAGCAAUAUCAGCUUUCAUUGUUGGUGGUGGUGUUUACUUUCUUGGUAAAGCUGAAGUUAUCUAUAAACUCACAGUGACAGACAGUUUUGCUUUCGGUUCCCUAAUAUCUGCUGUUGACCCAGUCGCUACAAUUGCCAUUUUUAAUGCUCUGAACGUGGAUCCUGUUUUGAACAUGUUAGUAUUUGGAGAAAGUAUUCUUAAUGAUGCAGUUUCCAUUGUCCUUACAAACACGGCUGAAGGUUUAGCCAGAGCAAAUGCACCUGAUGUAAGUGGAUGGCAAACCUUCCUACAAGCAUUGGGCUACUUCCUCAAGAUGUUUUUUGGAUCUGCAGCACUUGGAACCCUCACUGGUCUCAUCUCUGCAUUGCUGUUAAAGCACAUUGACCUCAGAAAGACACCAUCUCUUGAGUUUGGGAUGAUGAUAAUCUUUGCAUAUCUUCCUUAUGGGCUUGCAGAAGGUAUAAAAUUGUCUGGAAUCAUGGCUAUUCUGUUUUCUGGUAUUGUGAUGUCGCAUUAUGCUCACCAUAACCUUUCACCAGUUACUCAAAUUCUAAUGCAGCAGACACUACGAACUGUUGCUUUUAUGUGUGAGACUUGUGUUUUUGCUUACAUUGGCCUGGCGAUAUUCAGUUUUCCUCACAAGUUUGAGAUCUCCUUUGUUAUCUGGUGUAUUGUUCUUGUCUUAUUUGGCAGAGCAGUGAAUAUCUUUCCGCUGUCUUACCUUCUGAACUUCUUUCGAGAUCAUAAAAUUACCCCGAAAAUGAUGUUUGUUAUGUGGUUUAGCGGUUUACGUGGUGCCAUUCCCUAUGCUUUGAGUCUACAUUUGGAGAUGGAGCCAAUAGAGAAGCGUCAGCUCAUUGGAACAACCACAAUAGUCAUUGUACUUUUCACGAUUCUGGUUUUGGGUGGAGGAACAAUGCCUCUCAUCAGGUUGAUGGAUAUAGAAGACUCUAAAAUCCACAGAAGAAACAAGAAAGAUAUUACCCUCAGCAAAACUGAGAAGAUGGGAAAUACAAUUGAGUCUGAGCAUUUAUCCGAACUAACUGAGGAAGAGUAUGAAGCACAAUACAUCAAGCGGCAUGAUCUCAAAGGCUUCAUGUGGCUGGAUGCGAAAUAUUUGAACCCUUUCUUUACUCGAAGACUUACUCCAGAGGACCUCCAUCAUGGCCGAAUACAGAUGAAAACGUUAACCAACAAGUGGUAUGAGGAGGUACGUCAAGGACCAUCAGGUUCUGAAGAUGAUGAACAGGAGCUGCUCUAGUAUAUGGAUUGAUUAAACAUCUAGGCUUUACUCCAGAUGUUUCAUCACUAUAUUAAGUUCCAUUAGGAUACAGGAGAAGGGCUGGCACCAACUUGAUUACACAACAUUGCAUCCUGAGCCUCUUAAAGUGUACAUAGUGCCAUCUGUUGGCUGUUUAAUUUCCUUUAAGAGCAAAUAACUCUACACUUAUUUCUUCUACAUAAUAUUUUGCAUGUUUAGAUUGUCGUUAUGAAGGUGGGCAGUUAACCCUAAUAUAAGAAAUAUUUAUCUUAAAAAAAAAUCUAAAUGUAAAUUAACAUUUACAUCACAAGCAGAUAUGCACUUUAUUGUAAAUAAGAUUAUUGAUUUUCACUAUCCCCAAUUUCCUUGAGCAUUCUGAUAAUGAAGAAUUUUGAUGAGUUCAUUUAGCUGCUAAAUAAGAAAUCCUGCUGCUUUUCCUCCCCUUGCUGCUAUUGUUAGACAAAUUUACUUUGCUUUCUACUUUGUAACUUAUCUCAACCUUUACUUGUUAAAUUGCUGAUGCAGUCAUGAUACUCCAGUGUAAGUUUUACCACCUUCAGAUGUUCAAACCCAAUUCUCCCAGAUUUUAAUGAGUUGUGUUUGCAUCGCAAGAUUGUCCACAAACGUUUUGUGUGGACCGUCAGUAUGUUCAAAUAAAUCACACUUACAUAGGGAUUUUUCUUUUCAUUCCAUUCCAAUUGAUUUUAAACUAGAAUAUUUGAGUCAUCGCAAAAUUAAUUGUAUCACUGGGAUUUGCAUAUUCUAGCCUACAAAUUUACCAGACCAAACUGACCUCAGCCUGUGUUUCCUUGAGAACAACUCAACAUUUGUGACUCUAAAGGGAUGCAGCAGCAAUUCAGCAAAAUAAUAGUGUGCAUUUAAAGGAAAACUUCUCAACUUUAUAAAAUAGAGUACCAUUUGAUUUAAGAGUAAUCUUAUGGGAAGUUAUUAUGUUUUUGAUGCUUUAUCUAAUGUUCAUACAUUGUACGUGAAAAUUUUACACUUUUGUCAAUGUUGCAAAAUUUGUUUCUUUAAAAUGCAAGGAUAAGACCACCAACUCAUCUUAACGAGAUCUGACCUGGAGAAAGACUUUUACAAAUAGUUCUAUUUCAACCUGCUACCAGGAGUUAGCAAUCAGAUAAAAUUAGACCACCACUUUAAAGACAUAGUCCUCAAGAUAGCAACUAAUCACCACAAUCAUGCCCAAAAAAUAUAGCUGUUAAUAUAGAUAGCCAGUAACGUGUAUGAAAAUGAGCCUGUUUCUAGACUCAAUCAGAUCAGCCAUGAUCUUACUGUGCCCUUAAUCUCACCUUUGAGCCUGGUCCACUAUUAUCCAGGGUGAGCAAAAAUCUGUCUAAUUCAGCCUUGAAAAGAUUUAAUGAUUCAGCAUCCACAGCCAACUCGAGUGGGAAACUCUAAAGAUUAUCACCCCUCUAAAUGGUGAAUUUCCUCCUCAUCUAUGUCUUAAAUGGAAUGUCCCUUCUUUUGAAACUAAUAGAACAUAAAAACUAGGAACAGGAGAAGGCCAUCUGGCCCCACCAUUUAAUAAGAUCAUGGCUGAUCUUUUUGAGAGUCAGCUCCACUUAUCCGCCCACUCACCAUAACCCUUAAUUCAUUUACUGUUCAAAAAUGUAUCUAGCUUUGCCUUAAAAACAUUCUGUGAGGUAGCUUCAACCACUACACUGGGCAGGGAAUUCAACAGAUUCACAACCUUUUGGGUGAAGAAGCUCCUCCUGACCUCAGCCCUACAUCUGCUUCCCUGUAUUUUGAGGCAAUGCCCCCUAGUCCUAGUUUCACCUGCUAGCGGAAACAACCACGCAGCCUCCACUUUAUCUAUUCCCUUCAUAAUCUUAGAUGUUUCUAUAAGAUCUCCCCUCAUUCUUCUGAAUUCCAAUGCGUGUAAUCCCAGUCUACUCAGUCUCACCUCAUAAUCUAUUUUAGAUAUAAUUUUAGAUUCCAAUACGAGGGGCAAGUCUCUGAUAAAUACCUGAUUAAGCCCUCUUAAAUUUUCUAUUUCAGUAAGAUCAUGUCUCAGUUUUCCAAAUUCAAUUUGGUAUUGAUUCAACCUGCUCAACCUUUCCCUUAAGGCAAUUCCAUAAUCCCAAGAAUCAGUUUAAUGAAACUUCUCCCGAACUCCUCCAAUGCACUUUUAUCCUUCCUUAAGUAAAGAGAUCAGUUCUGUGUAAAGUACUCAAAAGUUUCAUCUCAGCAAUGUCCUGAGCAGCUAUGGUAGGAUUUUGCUACCUUUUUACUCCACCACCCCCCCCACCCCCAACAAUAAAGGCAGUUUGUUAAUAAAGUGAACAAUACCUGUACGCUAACAUAUUUUGAUUAGUCUACAAGGCACCUGGAUCAUUCUGUCUGCAACAUUCUGCUGUCUGUAAAUUUAUAUUGCAUGAGCAGAGAGAUUGGUUGGCACAUAGGCUCCGAAUGGUUAAGGUUUUUCCAUGGAGAACGCACCAAGGAACACUAAGCCCAGAACUUUCAGUUUAAAUUGAUUAAAAAAGGGGGCAAGCUGACUUGAAUUGAGGCAUACUACGAGGAAAGCUCCACAUAACAAUGUAUCCCAAACUUUAAUUGAAAAUGCACAUUAUGGGCAGAUGCAGUUUUCCUGCAAAGAACCAGGUCCUGCAUACGUGUGUAGUUUCUAGCAAGCUCAAAUGAACCACAUUGCAAGACCAACUGAUAAUCUUUCAAAUAUUACUGAAAUUUUAGAUUUCAGUUUGCUAGCUUUGUAAGCAAUGAUUAUACUUCUGAGUAGCCUUAAUAUAAAUUUUAUAUUAGCCUAAAAAAUGGUGAAAUAUUUUUUGGCAGAACUGACAAUGCAACGCUACCCAUCUAUUAUUAUUCAAGCUUGAGAUAGAAAUAUGUCACAACAAGGAUUGCAAAGCCCACUUGUCCAUAAUAAGCAUGCAUCAAAUACUAUAUUUUGUCUAGUAAUUAAGAGUGGGCAGAGUUUCAAACUUGUUCUAAAACAAGUUCUCUAUCAAUCUGCUAUUUUGAUUAUGUCUACAAUACUAGUGGCACAUCAUGAAGGAAAUAAGAUAUUCUACCAGAAAAAAAGCUAAUAAGAGGAAGAUUUAGUCCAUGCACUAUAUUCUCAGUUACAUUAAAAACAGAGAAAAAUUACAUGCUUAAUUUCAUUUAUUUGUCUUUUCACCCUCCACCAUUUUUAAACCAUUGCUCCAAGUUAUUACACUUCUCAUGCAACCUAUCAGCUUUUAGCAUUGUCUUUUCAGUUGUAUCAAGCUCAGUAUUUUAAUUGUUUGCAAUGCUCUCUCAAAUGAAAAUACCAAUUCAUGUGAAAUAAGAACUACUGAAAUCCCUUCCAGUUAUUGUAAAUUUUAACAAUUUCAAAUUGUAGACUGCAAUAUCACAGAAUUGCUGCUCAUGGUGCAGCUGAGUUGUUGCAAGUCGUUUCUCUAGUGCUGCUAACUCAGACAUCCAAGUUUCUAUAACUGGUCAUUACUUUUGAUGAAAUUUAAUAAAUGGGAACAUCACAAUUUUUUGGGAAAUUUGUGUGAUCUUAAAUGGACAAAUUCAAUAUUAAAAUAUGGUCAUGGGAUAUGUUAGUUUAAUUAACUAAACCCAUUCUACAAAAUAAUUAGGAUUACUGAAGCAGUGACAGUAGGAACUGCCAAAGCUGCAGAGUCUGAGUUAACAAGGAGUAGAGCUGGAUGAACACAG